AUGACACCCUCCAUUCGCAUUCAUGUCGCCAUUCUCGUGUGUGACACGCCUAUCCAGCCUGUCCUCGAUAAAUAUGGUGACUACUACGCAAUGUUCCAAGCCCUUUUGAGGCAGGGCUUCAAAGACUUGGAAAUAUCUGAGUCCAAAGACGUCAUAGUCGAAUUUAGUGAACAUCAGAUGGUGGACAAUAGCCGAUUUCCUGAUCUUGAGAACGUCGACGCCGUUCUUCUGACAGGAAGCAAACAUGACGCCUGGGCUGACGAUCAAUGGAUCCGUGAUCUCACAAGCAACGUUCGUGAGGUUGUUUUAACACACAAGAAGCCCGUGGUCGGGAUUUGCUUUGGGCAUCAGAUUCUUGCUCGGGCGCUGGGAGCUCGAGUUGGCAGAAACGAUGCUGGGUGGGAGGUUUCUGUCGAGAAGCUCACCCUGACUGACGCCGGGAAAGAGCUGUUUGGAAAGGAUACACUGGCAAUUGAUUGCACGAAUCUGGCUACAAGUCCAAAGUGUGAAGCUCAGGGUCUUUACUUGCCCAAGCGAGUGCUAUCGGUACAAGGGCACCCGGAAUACAAUGAAGGAAUCAUGUCAUUUCUGCUCGAAGCCAGACAUGAGAAUGGGUUGUUUGAUGAUGAAUUGUAUAAAGAUGGGUUGUCCCGAGUGGGCGAUUCCCAUGAUGGGUGGUUGAUAGCAAAGGUAAUUGCAAGAUUCAUAUUAGAUGCGAAGACCAAGUAG